CGCCGGUGUCCGUGUAAACCGCAUGUAGCUACUACUGACCUGUUUACUGAACGACUUGUUUUUUUUUAAUCUGUGCUCAAGUGACAUUUGUGGAAUUCGCGCCAUUUUAUUGAGAUGAUACGUCAACAAUUUGCCAUCAAAACUUGAUUCGUCCGACAAGGAAGACAAAAUAACUGACGCAUUUUCAACAAAAAAAAUAAUAAGGCACAGUAGAAAAUGGGAUUCACAGAUGCAUGCCCAAGUAGGCACAGUAAUGAACUGAGUUUGUAAAAAGUAAUUUAGAUGGGACAAAACUUUUGCUCGUCUUAGUAAUGAUUUGACGAUGGCAAGGAGACAUCGAAAUGCUUGGGCCCACGGUGCAGACAGCUUUAGAAUUCAAUCAAUGAUAGCUCAAAUAUUUACUCUAGUGUUAAUAACUAAUGUUAUAGUCACUCAAUGUAGUCACAAUGAAACGGACGAAGUGAAUAGAAUAAAAAGCAAUAUACCCAAGAAAAUAAAAAUACUAGAAGCGUUUAUGAGCAAAGGAUUUUUCAGUGAUGUGUACCAAAACGGAACUUUUAGGACUGGUAACAAUUUGUGGGAUAACAUUCUAAAUAAGUGCACAUUAAAACCGUCAGUGAGUUGUUUGCAAAAGAACUUCUAUUCGUAUUUAGAUGAUAGUUUAGAUUUCAAUGGUGAUAUAAGUGUCGCGGGCGGUGUUUCAUUCAAAAAAAACAAUGUGGAUAUGAAGAAGUAUAGUAAAGAAGCUAAUAUUAUCUACCUCACUGGCAGUAGGGAUAAAGAGGAACAUGCGAGAACGUUUGAAGAAGAAAAUGAAAUUAGAGACGAUGAAGAGCCUGAAACACCCUUCGAAGAAGUCACGGAUGCUCUCUACAGCAAGGGGAUGAAGUUUCUGAUGACGCAUGACAUGACACUGACGCUACCAGAGAUGCUGUUCGAUGGUGCGACCCUCAGGGUGUCUCCCAGAGCGUUGACAAAGAACGGUGCAUUGGUGCAUAUUGAUUUGGAGCCAAAGGAAAAUGAAGUAGGAGAAGGGAGGAUAUUUUUUCACAAAAUUAAGAAGUACAUAAAAAAGAAGUUGGUAAUGGCAGCGAUCGCAAUCAUAUUAGUGGUCAAACUGAUAGCACUGAAAUUAAUAUUCGUUCUGCCAAUCAUACUUGGGGUGACCACAGCCAAGAAGAUGUUCCUGAAGAUUCUGCUCUUCCUCUUCCCUGCCUUGAGCCAUAUAUUCAAGCUGUGCUCGUGGUACCACCAGAACUAUCACACCACGAAGUAUCAUCACCAUCACCAUUUAAUCACGCACCAUCAUAAGGUACCACACGGCCACCAUCCCCAUGUUUAUGGUCCUCCACCACACGGCAGUAUAGUGGUCAAGCAACACGCAGAAGGCCCACCACCGUCGUUUGACCACUACCCUCAAGAUUGGGAGCUCUCUGGACCAGGUCUUGGAAGCGAGUAUCUCUCGGAUAUCCACCGCAACGCAAUAGCCGGCUUCAAACCCCAUGAAAAUGACGUGAAUGACAUCAACUCAUGGGGACUCGGCCUUCCACCAGGACCAUCUUUGAAUGUUGGUGAAUACGCAAGUGGAAACACCUUAGUUCCUAACACAGUGCCGGGACCCAACCUCAAUGCCGGACAAAAAGUCAUUAUGACCGGCAAUACGGGGCGACCCGUGGGUCCACCAAAUCCUUAUUACCGACAUAAAAAAACAGGAGCUCGAGAUCCAGCAACGUCAGAAAAGGAAGCUUUGAUAAGGGCAGCGACUUUAGCAGCCAGAGCUCCUCCGUCGCCAGUGAGGGAUGAGCUUCUGCGGGUAUCUGCUGCCAAGCUUUCCGAAAACAACCGGGUGAAGAUGGAGACCGAACUGGUCAAACAACAGCAGGAGAUCCUGGCGCAAGAGGACCCGGAUUCAAUAGCCGCGGAGAAGUUCUACGGCUCUCUGCUGGAGAGAGUGGACGCCAUCCUCGGCUCCAUUGGCGCUAAGGACGCGGGCUGCAAGGAGCGAGCCGUGUGCGCCUUGUAUCGGGACCCCUUCAAGCAUGCGCCGUAUAGCAAUCUGGUCUCCAAUGAGCUUAGCAAAGAUUCCAACGAGCUGGUGCCGCCGGCUGACAGUGCGAUGGCGCUUCGCUACUUCCGCUACGUUCAGGCCGCGCGGGACGGCCAGGAGUCCAAGGACUGCACCCUCCUUUACCCCACGUGUAACGUUGACUACAGUAAAAAAUAAGAGUGCGUUUAAUGAGCCUUGAUAGCCCAACGGUUGAGGAGCGGACUGAAUUCCGAAAGGUCGGCGGUUCAAACCCCACCCGUUGCACUAUUGUCGUACACGCUCCUGGCACAAGCUUUACGCUUAAUUGGAGGGGAAAGGGGAGUAUUAGUCAUGAUUAGCAUGGCUAAUAUUCUUUUUUUUAAAUGUCGUUGUCUUCGCCUUAACCGAUACAAUAUGUCAACCAAACAUAAGCCUUUGCAAGAUGGGCUAUAGAUUACGAUCUCGUAGACUGCGCGCUUCUUUACCCCACUUGUAACGUUGAUAACAGUAAAAAUAAGAAGGGGUUUUAUCGUUAUGUCAUUGUCGUUGUCGUCGUCUCAUUCGAUAACCAUCAAAUAAAUAUAAGCCUUUGCAAGGAGUGCCACAGUUUACGAUCUUGUGGACUCAGCACUUCUUUACCCCACUUCUAACAUUGAUUAUAGUAAAAAAUAAGAAGAGGUUUCAUUGCUCUGUCAUUAUCGUUGUCGUCGUCUCAUACGAUAACCAUCAAAUAAAUAGAAGCCUUUGCAAGGAGUGUCACAGAAUACGAUUUCAUGGACUGCGCACUCCUUUACCCCACUUGUAACGUCGCGUUAACUAUACAAAAUAAAGCAGGGUUUCCCACGCGUUUCACUUAAACGUCAUCGUCUCAAGUUGAGACCCUCAACUGACAACUGAUGCUGAACCGCAAGUUGGAGUUGGAAUCGAGUCUGUGUAGUGUGCGAAGACCCUAAUACUAACAUAAUAGACACAUUAUUCGCUAACAUAGUGGACACCACAGAAUUCAGAAUAUGGAAUAGAAGUGUUAAACGGAGUAUGAUAUUUUCGCCGCGCACAGUAAAACAUUUUCUUCUUAUUUCUUUUGCCCUUACCCCAUUUUAUUUGAGGUCAGGCGUCCUUGUACGUAAGUGCCAAGAUUUUCUAUCCUGGAUUGUCAUUGGCGAGACGUUAAAAGCUUUAAAAUCCCUCUCGACAUUGUACUAACAUGCACCUGUACUAUAGUGAAACAUUAGUGCGUGUCAUUGUAAAAACAGAUGUAUUCACAUAGCGUUACAGUUAAUUAUACGAGUAGUUGUUUUGCAUGAUAAUGUUCUUUUGAAUUAUUUUUAUUACUAAAUAAGCCGCUCAAAAUCGGCGACACUGUCCUAGUAGCUGACACUAUAUUUCUAUUAUAUCAUUUAGAAUUCUGUGGUGCACAUUUAGAUUUUAUUUAAAGGUUAGUUGCAUUGCAUUUAAAGUAGAGAUAAAUUUCUCAACGCCAAUAUAAAGUUAAUAUUUAUUCUUAAACUAAGUAGAAAAAUAGAUAUAAGUAUUUAUUUUAUUUAUUAAUUUAAUUAUAAGAAACAUUAGUUACAGUUGGCUGAAACUGAAUCGUGAAGGUAUCAAUUCCUUUUUUUUUUUUUCUUAAUUCCUCUUUUUCUUAAUUGUUAUUUUAAACUGACCAGUUGCUGCGGUGUUAACUUAUGACUUUUAUGGUAAAAGAAAAGCUCAGCCGCAAAAACAAUUUUGCUUCCAUCUAACUUGACCUUCGGUUGACCUUGAAUCUGUUAGAUUUAAAUUUUUGUUUAAUUUUUUUGUUUUAAAACCGAAAAAGUUUAAUACCUAUUAUGUUCAGUGUCCAUGGAAGUAGAAAGUAAUAAUUUUUAUAUGUACCUUCAACUUAAAAAUAAUUACUAAGACUCUUUUGAACUCAUUUAUUUAUUACCUACCUGUAAUAAUAAUAAUCCAAAUAAUAAUUUUUAUUAUCAUA